UGCCCAUCAAGGAGUCGGAGAUCAUCGACUUCUUCCUGGGCGCGUCGCUCAAGGACGAGGUGCUGAAGAUCAUGCCAGUGCAGAAGCAGACACGCGCCAGCCAGUGCACCCGCUUCAAGGCCUUCGUCGCCAUUGGGGACUACAAUGGCCACGUGGGCCUGGGCGUCAAGUGCUCCAAGGAGGUGGCCACAGCCAUCCGGGGCGUCAUCAUCCUCGCCAAGCUGUCCCUCGUGCCGGUGCGCCGAGGCUACUGGCGCAACAAGAUCGGCAAGCCCCACACGGUGCCGUGCAAGGUGACGAGGCGCUGCGGCUCUGUGCUAGUGCGGCUCAUCCCCGCGCCCCGUAGCACUGGCAUCGUGUCAGCUCCAGUGCCCAAGAAGCUGCUCAUGAUGGCUGGUAUUGACGACUGCUACACCUCAGCCCGCGGGUGCACCGCCUCCCUCGGCAACUUCGCCAAGGCCACCUUUGAUGCCAUCUCCAAGACUUACAGCUACCUGACUCCCGACCUCUGGAAGGAGACGGUGUUCACCAAGUCUCCGUACCAGGAAUUCACGGACCACCUGGUGAAGACGCACACCCGUGUGUCCGUGCAGAGGACCCAGGCCCCCACUGUGGCUACCACCUAAUUUUGUACACAAGAAAAAUAAAG